UUGAAGCCAGAAAAGUGAGAUGGUCUUAAUGGAGGUGGUGAAGAUGUAGGCUGCUGAUGACUGAGCAGUUAUGACGGAAGAUGUGGUAACACCAGAAAUACAUCUCCUGCACAAGCCCUGUUGGAAAUAAAUGGGAAUUGAGCAAGACCAAAUUGCUGCUGCUACACCACUUGUGUCCUUUCCAGUAGCUCCCAGUGAACUUGGCCCUAAGAAGUUACUUGGGCCUGUCAUCUUAAUUUAAUUAAUUAAUUAAUUAUAUUUAUACCCCUCCCUUCCAGUGCACUACUGCUCGGGGUGGCUCACAAUAAGAAGAUAGAUACUAAAUACAAUAAAAAUAAUAAAAUUAACUAAAUUAAACAAAAACUGUCAGAUCAAAAACAACUGUUAUUAUUAGGUUCAGACUAAAUAAAAAAGCUAAAAACUUUUUUUAAAAUUUAAAAUCUAAAAACUGAAAAUUAUACAAAGCUAAAGAACCUACCAGAUAUAACAACAGAAAUGGAGCAUUAAAAAGCCUCCUUAAAAAGGUGUGUUUUAAGAUGUUUUUUAAAAACACGGAGGGAGGGAGCAUUGGUAAACCUGUUCAGGGAGGGCGUGCCAAAGCCGAGGGGCCACAACCAAAAAGGCCCUGUCUCUAGUCCCCACCAACCGGAUCUCUGUUAGUGGCGGGGCCAUGAGCAGGGCCUGAUAUACUUAAACUUUAUUACGAUUGUAGAUCAGACUGUACAACAAAAAACAUUACAUAAGACUAGAGCAUAUAAUACAAACAAUGUAUUGUCUGGGCCUGAGAUGAUGAGCCUAUGUCCUUACAUUAUUACAAGUGUGAUGCCUUCAGUGGAGUCGGUUCACACAUUCUCGGCUGGUGUAGGAGGUCACCCAGGCUUGGGAUUACAUCCCCCCACAUGCUCCAAAAGGCAGGAAGUAGUCAUACUUGAAGAUCCUUAACCCAGUGCAUGUGGGCGGAUCUCCUCAGUUCUACUUCCUGUCUUUGCUCCAGAAGGCUCACAUUACAGCUCGCUGGCUCUGGCCUUGUUUACUAGGCCUCUUCUCUUCUGCUUAUAUUCCUAUUAUUUUUUGACUAUUUCCAAUCUCUUCUUCACCUGGUAUUCUACUACUAUUAGUUUUCUCUAGUUACUAAAGAAAAAAAUUAAAAAGAAUAAAAUUAAAAUUAAAAAAUUAAAAAAAAAUUAUUUCAUAUGUUCUUCCUACUGUCCGUUCUGUUAUUCGUUACCUCUCCUCACCUCUUGCCAACCCUUUGGUCAAUGUCCGCUAAGAAGACCUUCGGACUCCUGGCCGUUAGGGAGAGAUCUGCCCGUCGGCGCCUGUUCCCGCCAAAAACUCGGGACUGCGCAAAUCCUGUAAGGAAAAUGGCGGAUGUAUCAGAGGACCUCGCUGGCGUCAGUAGCCACAGCGGUCCUCUCUGUCGUCCUCUAGCGUAGUGUGAGGAGACUGGGUGCAAUUCAUGCCACCAGCCAUCCACCGUAGCAGGACACAAGUGGCAGCACAAGAAGCGGAGGCGUCUCGACAAAGAGGCCCCGUUGGUGGGAGAGUUUUCGCCCGGCAGCGCAGGCAAGGUAAGCCCGCGAGAUUUGGCCUCCCCCCCCAACUCCUUUCCCCAGCAUUUGGGUGUGCAGGAGGAGGACUGCCUCAGCAAGCGCUGGGGCCGCGCCGAAAGGAACAUCAGUAGGAGUGGCCGCCCCAGAGCCCAUUGGAAUCAGACAGGGAGGACGUGGCAGGAGGUGCUGGGCCCGUGGACGGGGCGUAGGAGCGCCCAGAAGGCCAUGAACAGCUCCCCCCCAGUGAGAUAGGGACUUGCUCAGGGGGGUGAGAGCUGGUCGCCGAUGCCCCCUAUGUGGCCCCUCCCUUAGGGCCUACUCCUACGGGGAAUGUGGGGGUUCCCCCCGACGCUGCCACUGUAAAGGGCUGGAUUCAGGAGGCCGUUCAAGUCUCACUGGCAGCGGCGCUUAAAGCGCGGAAGCCUGCAAGGCAUUGCAUGGCAGGCUGUGAUCCAUGUGUCGUCCUCAGACUCUCAGGAGACGGUGCCCGCUAAACAGCCCAGGGUGGGUAUACACCAAGACUCUGUGCCCAGGGGUAGGGGGAGGUCUUCAGACGAGUCAGGAGAGGACUCCCCAGAUUUAUUGCGACCCGGGGACAGUGGGUGAGAGACAUUGCUCCGACAGUGGGUCAGAGACAACCCAGACAAGGGGCCCUCCUCCUCGGAAGAGGGGGUGAUUAUUGAAGACUCUGCAGCAAACUUACACAGUCAGAGGCUCUCUCUUAUGGAGUAUUUUUAGCCACUAAUUAACCAGCCUAUUGCUGCACUUGAUCUGAAGCCAGUUACAGAGGAACAGGUCUCUCCUGUGUCCAAGGGCUCCUUGGUGCUGCCUAAGGCUAAGGCACCGCAGAUUAAAUCAGUGAUGCCUGAGGGCUUUACUAAUACCAUCAAAGAGGAAUGGGCGGCUAUUGCGACUCCCAGACGUACGUUGGCAUUGGUUAGCAAAUUGUACAACUUUGAGGAGGAGACUCUGGACUUGCUGAAGGUGCCACUUACGGAUGCUCCCUUCGGGGCCCUACUUAGUGCUACUCGGAAGCACUAAGUAGUGGUAUCCAAGAAUGGUAUCCAAGAAUGGGGUAGUGGUAGUGGUAUCCAAGAAUGGAGAAGUAGUAAUCCAAGAAAGUAGUGGUAUCCAAGAAUGGGGACUCCUCUUUUAAGGAACCAGGAGACAGAAAAGCAGAAUCUGCACUGCGUAGGGCCCACGAGGCUUCAGCAAUGGCCAUCAGAGCUGACACCACUGCAUCCUUGGUGUCUAGAGCAUCAGUCUUGUGGAUUGACGAGUUACCCAGUGACCCUCCUGCAGAUCAAUCUAAGAUGCGGCGUAAGCUACUUCAUCUGCAGAGGGUGGCUACUUUUUCAGCGGAUGCUACUCUGGACAUUGUUCGAUUCUCGGCACGUGCGGUCAGUGCAGGUGUCCUGGCAAGACGCAACAUAUGGCUGAAAUAUUGGAAAAUUGAUAAUACGUCUAGGGCUAAUUUAGCUGCUGUUCCCUAUGCUGGGGGGAAGCUAAUUGGGGAUGAGGACCUGAAAGGGGUCCUCAUUGAAACUAAAGAUCAGCACAGGGCUCUGCCAUUAGCCCCUAGGAAGGAGGACAAGAGUUUUAAUCGUAGACCAACGCAAACCUUCAAGGUGUUUAGACCUCAGGUUUGUCAGAGGGAGCCUUUUAGGCCUUUUUGAUCGCAGUGGAACAGAUCCAGAGGCCAAGGCAGGCAAGGGUUCAAUCAGCAGAACCGUCAGUCUUUCGGAAACCAGCAGCGAGGCCCCAAGCAGCAGUCCUGACUCCCACUCAGGCAAAGUGGGGGCCCGCCUUUUGGCCCGUUUGGAAAGAAUCCAUCAAUGACAGGUGGGUUCUUUCCAUUAUCCUACACGGGUACAAAGUGGAGCUGACCAGCCCCCUAGGAAACAGAUUCCUCCUUACCUCAAGAUCCAGGAAACCGGAAAAACACAAGGGGUUGUCCAUGGUCAUUCAGCAUCUGGUGGCUAUAGGGGCCAUAGAGGAAGUCCCACCUCCUCAGAGAGGCAAGGGCAUCUAUUCUGUGAUUUUUACGGUGCCAAAAAAGGACGGAUCGGCCAGGGCAGUUUUCAACCUAUGCCCAGUCAACUGCUUUGUGAUAAAGAGGAGGUUCAGGAUGGAAACCCUUUGUACCAUCUCAGAGGCAUUGCAGAUGAGGGACUACAUGGCUUCAAUAGAUCUCCAGGAGGCCUAUUUGCACAUCCCCAUUCAUCCACUCAGUCGACAUAUACUCCGCUUCUGCUACAUGGGGAGACAUUAUCAGUACAGAGCCCUUCCUUUCGGGCUCUCAUCAGCCCCCCGAGUUUUUACGAAGGUUCUAGUCUGCUAGUGGCCACUCUACGCACCGAGGGUGUCCACCUGUAUUGUUACCUCGACAACUUGCUCAUCUGUGCGAGUUCGGAAGGGGCAGUUCGGUCGGCUCUGUCCAGAACAAUGUCUGUGUUGUGUGCCCAUGGGUUUUUGAUAAAUGUGGGCAAGAGUCACCUGAUGCCCACACAGAGCCUUCGUCAUCUGGGCAUGGUAAUGGACACCUCAGUAUGCAAACUGUUUCUGCCACAGGAUCGGAUGGAGGUCUUAUCGUCACUGGCUCGUGUGAUUGCUUCGAGACUGUGGGCCAGCCUUGUUAAUCUAGCAAGGUUGUUGGGUCUCAUGGUGGCGGCUAUGGACGAGUUUUCAUCUACACCAGUUAUAGUGGGCUCUCCUCCCUUACCAGCACAGGAUUGCUGUCAAGCGCGACAAGAACAUUCCUCUCUCGGUGUCUCUUCGCAAGUCGAUUCGUUGGAUGGCCCGGGGAACCUAGACAAGGGCAAGCUGUUCAUAGAACCCGAGAAAGUGAUGGUCAUGACGGACGCCAGCCUAUCGGGCUGGGAGGCUCACUGUCAGAACAGGUCUGCCCAGGGGCUUUGGUCGGUGGAGGAGUCGCUCCAUAGCAUAAACUGGCUUGAGCUGCGGGCUGUCUUUCUGGCCCUAAAAGCCUUCACACCGUUGGUGAAGGGAAGGAACUUCUUAGUGUGUAGAGACAACAUCUCAACCAGGGCAUACAUAAACAGGCAAGGGGGGACAAGGUCAAGAUCUCUUUUCUUUCAGUCUGUGGAGUUGUUGGAUUGGGCGGAGAACAAUUUAAUAUCCUUUCUGGGCCAUCAUGUAAAUGGAAUUUUCAACAUUCGGGCAGAUUGGCUAAGUCGGCAGGAGAUCCAGCCGGCAGAAUGGAGCCUGCACCCUCAAGUAUUUUGGUGGCUGACAGAGCGGCUGCGGUGUCCCCAGAUAGACUUGUUCGCAUAUCCUCAGAACGCCAAGAUUCAGAGGUUUUACUCACGUUUUCCGACGUUGGGGGCAGUAGAGACGGAUGCACUAUCGGUGCCAUGGCCUCCGUGUCUGCUGUAUGCAUUUCCUCCAGUGCCGCUGCUUUCCCGUUGCCUCAGGAAGCUGCGGGGGUCACGGGCAUCCCUGAUAUUGAUUGCGCCUUUUUGGCCCAGAGGGCCUUGGUUUUCCGAGAUUGUCGACUUGGCCGUAGGUCAUCCACUCAGAUUGCCAGACCAUCCAGGUCUGCUGUGUCAAGGUCCGAUUUACCAUCCUUGUUCAACCAACAAGAUUUAUCAAUCGAUUUGGCGUAGUUUUCUGCAUUGGACAGCAAAGCACUCCCUGCAGCCGGACAAGUGCAGGUUGAGGGAAUUACUGGAUUUUCUUCAGGAUGGCCUUGCGCUUGGUCUGAAACCCAACAUGCUUAAACGCCAGGCGGCGUGCUUGAUCCAGAUGUUUUUUCCUCAUCAACGUUCGUUUCAGGCAUGGCACCCUCUUCUACACAAGUUCUUGAGGGGGGCAGCUUUGUUGUCUCCACCAGUCUGCCAUCGUUUUCCAUCAUGGGAUUUGCAUAUUGUUUUGCGGGGUCUGUAGUUUCCACCAUUUGAACCACUUUGAUCUGUGUCAUUGCAGUUUUUCUCCUGGAAGGUGGCCUUUUUAGUAGCUGUAACAUCGGCCAGGAGGAUUUCUGAAUUGCAGGCUCUGUCAGUUAAGAGUAAUUUGUGUAUUUUCUCUAAGGUCUCUGUGAGACUUAUCUUGGAUCCUUCGUUUAUCCCUAAGGUAAAGUCUCAGUUUCAUCGUGAGGUGGACAUUUACUUACUUUCUCUUUGUCCAGAUGCUCGUCACCCUGCAGAGAAGGAGUGGCACCGUCUGGAUGUCAGGGGGGCGUUGAAGAUAUAUAUUGACAGGACGCAGGCUUUUCCUUGAGCUGUUUUAAGCACUGAGGAGAUCUGCCCACAUGCACUGGGUUAAGGAUCUUCAAGUAUGACUACUUCCUACCUUUUGGAGCAUGUGGGGGGAUGUAAUCCCAAGCUUGGGUGACCUCUUCUACACCAGCCAGAAGACACCUUCACAGUGAGUACCAAUGUACCUUUUACCUUGCCUGCUAGUGGUAGGCAAGAGAAGGGAUUUGGUCAAGUGUCAGACAGUUUGUUAAAUGUGUUUACCUUACAUGGCUUAUUUUAAAAAACCCACAAAUUAUGGUUUUACUUAUAAGUACAAAACAUGGUUAAAAAUGAGAGAAUUGGUGGGGCCUUCCCAAGUACUUCAGCAAAAACUCAUCAAGUCUGAUAGAUAACAAGAGCAAGAAAAGCUCCUCGCCUCUGCCAUCGCAGAGACCAGACUGCAGAUCUUUCCCUCUCUUUCUGAGGAAAGAGAGCUUUCCUCAGUUGAAGCUCCUGAGAAUCAAACCAGCUCCUGCCUGCAUAGGCCUGCCUGCUUCUUGGUCACUCAGGAGUAGGACAGAACAUUGGAAGCUCUUUUUUAUGUGCAGACAGAAAUGUGUAAAUUAAUCCGUAUCUGUCACACUUUAUCUUCUCUGCCCUCAAAAGAUCCCUGUGAGGUAGUUUUGCUGCUGCUCUCAUUUUAGAGUUUGGGGAAACAGUAAGAAAAAGAGUGGCUUGCCCAUGGUGAUCAGCGGGUUGGAUUCAGAUCUUCCCGGAGUAAACCCUUUUGACUGCCAUUAGAGCCAAUGUGGGUGGUGCAGAGAUCUCUCCACUCAACCUACUUCAGAGGAUAACCCAUUGCUCUGAGUCUCUUGGAGGGAGAAAUGUAACAAAGACCUUGGUGGCUAGGUCUGUCGAAAAGAAAGCCAUGUAGCUCUUCCUAAAAGAGGGUUUUUGCUCUUUGCUUCAGGAACUGAUCUUUGAGGGAGUGGUGGGAAAAUUUUAUGCAGAGGAGUUUCCCCUCAGGAAAUCUUGCCAGACUUCUAUUUACCAGCCUUGAUGCAAAAUCAAAGUUGCCAUCUCUACUUGGCUUAUUGGCUGCUGCUUCCCAGAAGAAAAGAGUUUGGUGCCCAAAUGGCUUCUUUUGUCGCGGAGACUUACCACUACUCAGCAGCCUGCUGCAAUGGCUCUCUGUCCAAAGCAGUGGUGUGUGUGCAGCAAGAACUAUUUAUUCUGUCCAGGGAGCACUAAGAACAUCAGGGUGGUUCAACAGCACCUGUGCAUUUCAACGGGUCAUGCACAUGGGCUGAACUAACCCGAGCAUGGAAGAGAGACCCGUUCUUAAGUUGGGAGUACUUCAGCCUUCCCAUUAGGCUGAAGUACUCCCAACUGUUCUUAACAAAUGUUCUUAAACAUUUGACUGAUUCAGAUUUCUACCUGUUUGUUACAGUUCUACAAAACUGCUUAAGAGUCAUUAGUUCAAAUCACAGACCGUACAAUGGGAGAAGUUGCCUUCUCAAAACCAGUGAGAUAUAAUGGACUGGCCACGUUCUAGAAAGAGAUUCAGGUGCUACACUCAGGCAGGCAUGACACGACAUGACAUGGACCGUGCUAUAAAAGUACAAUAUUUUCAGUCUGAGAAGCUCACGAGCAAA